AUGGCUGACCUGGGGGACGGCCAAAAGCACGCCAUCCCCAGGGGAGCCAUUCGCACAGAGGUGCAGCUGCUUAUGGCUGGCCCGCUUGCUGCCCUCAGCGCUUCGCCUCGACCGGCGCGAAGCCACCCGUUUCCCAACCUCAAGCUUGGUAGCUUCCACGAAGCCUUCCCUCCCCUAACCGGAAGCGACUCACCUGUCCUGCGGCCCUCCCGGCAGUGUCGCCCGAGGCCUGGGGACGAUAUCGCUCCCCUUGCCCUCUGCGACCCUGGAGCCCGGUGCGGCGCUAGGAGCAGGCGUGACCCCUGGCCUCAGCGACACGCCGGAGGGCCGCAGGACCGAUACCUGAAUAAAGUCUUGACCAAAAAAACCAUUCAAACCUCUGAAAUCUACAGACAUAAAAUCUCUGUGCUGGAAUGUGGCAUUCCUAAUAGCCGUGAGAUCUGCAAGAAGGGUUUCAGAGCUAAGCGCAUUAUCCAUGAUAAAAGAAUUGUGUAUUUUUCACAAAGACUCAGUAAUGAAACUUUAGAAGAAAACUAUGUCCAGGACAGUAAAAUGGGAUUUGUUAUCAAUGCCAUAUAUGCCAUGGCCCAUGGCCUACAAAACAUGCAUCAAGCCUUAUGUCCAGGACAUGUUGGACUAUGUGAUGCCAUGAAGCCCAUUGAUGGUAGCAAACUCUUGGAUUUUCUCCUAAAUUCAUCAUUCACUGGAGUUUCAGGAGAAGAAGUUCGGAUUGAUGGAAAUGGAGAUGCCCCUGGAAGGUAUGACAUCAUGAACCUGCAGCACAUAGAGUCUCAGCAUUAUGACUAUGUCCACAUUGGCACCUGGCAUGAAGGGGUAUUGAAUAUUGAUGAUAAUCGGAUUCAGAUGAACAAAAGUGGAAUAGUCCGGUCAGUGUGCAGUGAUCCUUGUUUGAAAGGUCAGAUUAAGGUUAUAAGGAAAGGGGAAGUGAGUUGCUGCUGGAUUUGUACAGCUUGCAAGGAGAAUGAAUUUGUGCAGGACGAGUUCACAUGCAAGGCAUGUGAACUGGGAUGGUGGCCUAAUUCCGACCUGACAGGCUGUGAACCAAUUCCUGUAAAAUAUCUUCAAUGGAGUGAUAUAGAGUCCAUCGUGGCUGUGGCAUUCUCCUGCAUGGGUAUCCUGGUCACCAUGUUUGUUACACUGAUCUUUGCACUCUACAGGGACACCCCUGUUGUAAAAUCAUCAAGCCGGGAGCUCUGCUACAUUAUCCUUGCUGGGAUAUUCCUUGGUUAUAUUUCCACCUUUACUCUUAUAGCUAAGCCCACUGUCACGUCAUGCUACCUCCAACGCCUCCUUGUGGGGCUUUCCUCUGCCAUGUGUUAUUCUGCCCUUGUAACCAAAACCAACCGCAUUGCACGCAUUCUGGCAGGGAGCAAGAAAAAAAUUUGCACCCGUAAGCCACGUUUCAUGAGUGCUUGGGCUCAAGUGGUCAUUGCCUCCAUUUUGAUCAGUGUGCAGCUAACGUUAGUAAUUACCCUGAUCAUCAUGGAACCUCCCAUGCCAAUCCUUUCCUACCCUAGCAUCAAGGAAGUCUUCCUGAUCUGCAACACCAGCAACUUAGGUGUGGUCGCUCCAGUGGGCUACAAUGGACUCCUUAUCAUGAGUUGCACUUACUAUGCCUUCAAAACUCGCAACGUGCCCGCAAAUUUCAAUGAAGCCAAGUACAUUGCCUUCACUAUGUACACUACUUGUAUCAUCUGGCUGGCUUUUGUGCCUAUUUACUUUGGGAGCAACUACAAGAUCAUAACUACUUGCUUUGCCGUGAGCCUGAGUGUGACAGUAGCCUUGGGAUGCAUGUUCACUCCCAAGAUGUACAUCAUCAUUGCCAAGCCUGAGAGGAAUGUUCGCAGUGCCUUCACCACUUCUGACGUGGUGCGCAUGCAUGUUGGGGAUGGCAAGGCACCUUGUAGGUCUAAUACUUUCCUCAGCAUAUUCCGGAGGAAGAAGCCAGGCACUGGAAAUCCAAAUUCUAAUGGCAAGUCUGUGUCAUGGUCUGAACCAGGAGGAAGUCAAGUUCCCAAGGGACAGCAUAUGUGGCACAGACUCUCAGUGCAUGUGAAGAGCAAGGAACUAGGAUGCAAUCAGACCGCAGUGAUCAAGCCCCUCACUAAAAGCUAUCCAGCCCAAGGCAAGAACCUGACUUUUUCAGACAUCAGCAGCAAGACUCUGUACAAUGUGGUGGAGGAAGAAGAGAGAGAGCCAGUGCACUUCAGCCAGCUGAGCAGUCCUCCCACAACUGUGCACAGGAGAGUCACAAUGACUCCUCCCCUGCAGGGAUCAGCAGAUGAAGCCCAUCUGUUCUUGCCCGAACAGAAUCCCAAAAGCCUCCUGCCACCUCAGAGAUCCAUCAUGGAGCAGUUGCAAGGAGUGGUCAACAAAUUUGCCAGUGGCAUUCCUGACUUCAACUCUGUGAUCCCUGUGCCUGGUACAGCCAAUGGAGUGAGACCUAUCUAUCAUCCUCCAUUGGUGCAGCAGCAGGUAUUGCCUGUCCCAAUGGGCACAUUCAGCAAAGAACUGGUUUCUCCCCCUGCUGAGGAAGAGGGGGAGGAAGAAGAGGAAGAAAAUGAGAAGUUUAAACUCAUCCCAGAAUAUGUGUAUGAGAGGCCAGGAAAUCUCGAGGAGGAGGAAGAGGAACAAGCAACCAGUAAACUGACUCUGGAAGACUCGCCAGCACUGACCCCUCCAUCUCCUUUCCGAGAUUCGGUGGCUUCGGGCAGUUCUGUGCCCAGCUCUCCUGUCUCUGAAUCAGUUCUUUGCACACCUCCCAGUGCCACCUAUGCUUCAGUUGUCCUGAGGGAUUACAAGCAAAGCUCGUCCACCCUGUAACACAAAGGCUCUUAUGAUGGGAGCGAGUUGACAUUGUCUCCUCUUUUGGCUCUAUUAUGCAAGGAGAAACAGCACAAGCCGCGCAAGGGCACGAGAAAGCAUAAAAACAUGCUAAUGUGUAUAUGGAUGGGCAAAAAAAUGUAUCCUGCACUAAAUCCACUAGAGGGCUCCAAAUCUUGAUCUGUUGUGUUUUUUUAAAGGGAAAAUGUUGUAUUGUGUUCCAAGUAUUCUGUUUUGAGAAGAUAAAAGGAAUUUUGACAAAGCACAAACCCCCAUAUAUAACUUCUAUUGCAAAAACAAAAUACAAAAAUGAUAAGUACACAAUGAUCACACUCACUGUCACUGUCAAAACACACUCUCUUGGCAACACUUGAAUAUGAUUGCAUAAUUCAAUCACAGAGAGGACAGAGCACAUCUCAUGGCUGGGUAUCUUCACUGAAUGCAGCAGACUCUUAAGCAGCCAACAUUUGCUGGAGAGAGUAAAGAAGAACGGAGGGGGAGGAAGAUUCCUCUGUACAUUGGACACAGGUGUAUAUUUUAUCAUGCUUUCUUAAGUGGAUGGCCUAGAAAUAGAAAGUUGUCCUCUGAAAGUUAACCAGGGAAAACAGACAGUCUGUGAGCAAAUAGUUUAUAAGGAAUGUAUAGAACAUUAGAUAUAGGUUUUCUCCUUUGUCAGAAUGAACAUAAAGAAGACAUCAAAAGGUUGCUUACAUGAACCAAGGCAAAAAACCUUGUCAUCCUGAAAAUGUAGAUUUGCCCUUUUGUAGAAGAUUGCAAGCCAGGUGGCUAUACUGUUAACAUUACAUUUCCUGUAGCAAAACAAUAAGUACAAACUCAGCUUUCAUAAUCUGAUGCAUUCGCCAUGUGACUACAUCAUAUGUUCGUAUUUCCAUGGGAACAACAUAAAAUAAUUAUAUAUUUUGAACAACAAUUGCAACUUUACAGCAAAAAGCAAUCCCUAAUUUUGGCUCAUUAGAUUAUAUGGUAGAUGCAAGAGAGUAUGUUUGUGUCUGUGUGUGUUGUGUGUAACUGUAUAGAAUGUUUGUAUAAAAUAUCUAAUAACUGCCACUGGAUGAUUGUCCUAUGAAUAUACUAUGGAUAUUUUUAUGUUUCAAUCAUGUUUUCUAUUGUAUUGUUUAAAAAUACUAUACAUCUUUGAAGGUUUGUAUGCUGUGCUGAAACAUUUUUAAUAAUCCCCGCCUUCCCCUUAUAAUAGGGUGCUUGAUUUUGCUGAUAUUUCUGCCAUGUGUAAUUCAGCUGUUGAUGAUAAGCAGUGCUCCAAUUUGUUAUUUCUUGUAUUUUAAACAAAUAAAAGCAUCUCUUUUAGCAA